AAGGAAGGAAGCCACGAGCAGUUAGAGCCUGCCCUGGUAGCAAUUAUUGCCUGGCAGCUCUCUCUUCGAAUCGAAGUGCUGCUCAGGUCGGCUGCUGCUGCCGCCGCACGUGCGCCGUUGGACUAGGGCCGAACGUGGGCUCCCUCGGGCCUGCUAGAGCGGCUCGCCUGGCACGAGGGGAAGUCGUCUUCGAAGAUGAGGGUCCCGCACCACUGCGGCGAGGAGAAUGCGGCAUGUCUGGCUGGCAGAGCGUGCAUCAAGCAAGACUGCAUGGGGGGAAACAUACAAAUAGUAUCUCCUCUGCAGGCUUCUGCUGCUGCCUCUACCAGCUGCUCCUCUGCAGGUUUCGCUAUCGUUGUCCACUAUUCUUGCGACUACAAGUGUGGCACUAAAUCGACCUGUGCGACACUAUCGACCUGUGCGACACUAUCGUCCUGUGCGACACUAUCGUCCUGUGCGACACUAUCAGCAGCAUGGGCUCCUUCAACGGCCACGCCUUUGCGGGCUCCGUGGCGCUCCUCGUCGCCUUCUGGAGCCUCCGAUGCGCCAUUCGCGACUUCCUCGCCGCGCCGCACGCGUACGUGGCGCGCGCGUGGCACCCCGUGCCGAUUCGCGGGCACUGGACGCGGCUCGCGGUGUAUAUUCUCGUGGGCGGCACGUUCGCGCAGCUAGUGGAAGGGCUUUGUUUGGGAUUGAUGUCCGCGUUACAGCGUCGACUCGAUAUUGUCCAGUUCGAGCAUGCGAUGAUUUUUGUUGUCUUCGUUAUAAUUGGCCUCAUCUUCUGUGUACACGACACAACCAGGUGAGUGCGUGGACAUAUGGAGAAGAAUAAUUUUGGAAUGCGGGGUUCUCCUUAAAGCCCAAAAAACGUAUGAAACACGUCCUUUGAGUGGACGGAUUAACUCAUUCAAUAAACGAACUGUAUAAAUGCUACAAACUCUCAUUCCAAAGUCCGCUUUUGUUCCUUCAUCUCCCCCUUCUCUCCCCUCCAGUCUCCUCCCAUUACCCCCGGGCUCCCUCCACAUUCUAUGGGCCUUGGGUUUUUUCAGCGAGGCCGUCCUAACGGCGUUCCACUCCAUAUCCCACCAAGGCCUCGAGCCCCGUUACCACGUCUUCCAGGCGAUCGCUGCUCUCGCCUGCUUCCUGCUCGCCCUCCUCGUGGCCGCCUGCCCCUCAUCCUUCCUCCUGGAUGUGCUUUUCAGCUCCGGGGUUCUUUUCCAGGGCAUGUGGCUGUGGACCAUGGCUCUGUCCCUCUAUGGAGUGCUCCAGUUACCGGGGUGUCGCAACGUGGAUUAUAAGAUGGUUAAAUGCGCAACGGAGGCGGAGGAGCAUGUUGCCGUUGCUGUCGCAGACCUUCAGUUCAUCACGGUGCUCGUUCUUACGGCGCUCCUCGUGCUUGCGCUCUACGCCCGGGCUGCUCGCAGCGCUCCCCGCUCGUCCAUACAAUUCAUCCUUGCUUCAAGGGAGCCUCAUUCCUCCAAAGGUUCUUCUUGGGAAGGGGUUGCGAUGCAUGUUGAGGGGGGCACUUUCAUGGAUGGGGGGAAAGCGGUGCUGGGAGAGGCUGGGGGAGCAACAGCAGCACCACUGACACCACCAGUGAUAGCACCAGUGGCAGCACCAGUGGCAGCAACAGUGGCUUCACCACCAGCGGCUACAGCAGGAGCAGCAGCUGAAGGCGAUGCUCAUCAUGCAGUGCUGCUUGCGCAUGUUGUGGGCAUGGAGUCCGAGAGCGAGGGGCUGCUUAACGUCAGGGUUUAGCUAUGAUAUUCAGUUGUUACAUUACAUUACAAUUGUCGGUUUUGUUUUCAAUUCGGUUUUAAGUCCAACUCG